CACUAACUACUUCCUGUAUAGCUUCCGCAGUAAAAUUGUGCUGAGCUGGCACACCCUUUUACAUUGAAGUCAUUGUAAAAUCAAUGUGUUUUUGCAGCCUCUGCAUUCUGCAAUGCAUGCACUAUUAUUCUAAAUAAAGGAAGUUUGUGAAAUAUUGAAGUAAGAGUUCACAAUGGUUUUUGUCUCAGAUAUAGUGUUUGUCAACUAUCAGUGAGCUAGCUGGUCUUGAAGAUACCUACUAUACACAGUACGUGCAGUAUAGUGCAGUAGUAAUAGAUCUAAGAGGUAAACUAAUGCUCCAAGAUGGUGGAACAUCUCCUCUACACAAUUCUGCAGAUGCCUACUAUGUAUGUAAGAUGUUCCGUCAUCCUUGAGCAUUAGACUACCUCUUAGAUCUACUACUACUGCACUUACUGUGUGUAUAGUAGGUAUCUUCAAGACAACUCUCGUUCUCUACCCAAGAAGAAGCGUGCUAGGCAUGGUUUCGGUACCAAAUAGAGCUGAAUUUCGAUACUGAAGAUGCAAAGCAGGCUUUUGUAGCUAGGAUAGAUAGGGCUACAGCUAGAGGCUCAUUGCCCUUGGACAGCAGAGAGCUUAUUUCUGUCCUGUUGGACAAGUUGGAGCAGGAGCAGGAGCAGGCAGGUGCUGUUCCUGAGAGAGAAGACCUACAAUCUGAUAAAUCCAAAGUCUUCCCAAUGUUGGAGAAUUCAGGAAUAUUUACUAGCAAUACUGACGCUAGUGAUGAACAGUUGUUCGUGUGUGAACUGAAAACUUUGUUCCGUCUUUUCACUGGCCUAUCCCAAGCAUGUGGCCAGUGCCAAUCUUAUUGUCGUAGGCCGACCAAUUUUCGCCAGAACGGGCAUGUUGUCCGAUUUGAAUUCAAGUGUGGAAAAUGUGGAAAGCGACAGUGGUGGGCUAGCUCGCGAACACUCGGUGGACGAUACCUUGUCAAUCAAAAGAUCGUCCAUGCUUUUACUUGUGCUGGAGUUCUCCCGAGCCAGUACCUUCACUUUAGUAGUCAUGCUGGCUUGGGAAAAGUUAGUUCAUGGUAUAUUUCAUCAAUGUACAAGAAAGGUGGAUACUUAGACGUCGUGAACGCUUGUGCCAAGGCAUCCAUGUUGAGAGCGAUUGACGAAGUGAAGGCAUUGCCUGGUUACUCGCAGGACGGUGAGUGGGUAAUAACAGAUGCUCGCCACGACUCAACAGCAAAUGCUUAUAACACGACUGUUCCCUGUCUCUCGGGAAGUACGAAAAGAAUUGUUGGGUGUUCGACUGUUUCCAGGAAAGAACACAUCUGUGCUCAGACUCGAGAAGUAGCGUGUACUAAGAUAGUUCUUCCGGAAGUCAUAGAUAAAGGUAUGUCUAUUGUUGAAGUAGCACAUGAUAAUCAGCCAGUAGUCAAGAGAUUUGUUACUGAUGAUCUCAACCUUACAAACUCGUACGACACAUGGCAUGGCACUAAGAAUGUAGCGAAGAAGAUGAAGAAAGUAGCAAUUGGGACCAAAAAGGCUCAAGGAAAGACGUGGUUUCCAGAGUUAUCUGACAAACGUAAAAGUACGAAAGUUCACUUGUACUACUGUAUGAAGAACUGUGAGCAGUCAGCAGACAAUCUAAGAAAGAACAUUCUGAAUAUCGUUAAACAUUAUCAGAACGAGCACUCAGAUUGUAACGAAGCGUCCCCCUGUAAGCGUCCAGGGUACAAGCCCACGAAGAUAAAACUAGAGGAUCCUCUUGCAAUCGAGUCAUUCACGUCAGCACUAAAAGACACCCUUAUUUACAAGAAUGCCGAAUCAUAUUGUCGAUGUCGAGACACAUUCUGGGUGGAGUCUUUCAAUCACCAGCUGCUCACAUACAUCUCGAAACGUGUACACUUUGGGGAAGCUACAUUCAACAUGAGAAUGAACCUUGCUAUUAUGGACUGGAACGAGAAUGUACGUAGAGGGUGUACAAGUGAACGACUGGUUCAGGACAUGAGAAGACCGGAUCGUAGGACUCCCGUAAGAGUGCUGAAGGAAAAAUCGUUCAACUUUGCCGGAGAAUAUGGGAGAAUUACGAGCAGCAGAGAAAAGUUGACCUCAGUGAGUUUGUAGAGGACGUGCAACCUGAGCAAUCAGAUGAGCCAGUAGAUGAAAACGAGGACCUAUUAAACGAUGGUGUACAUGUACUUGACGAAGAUCUUUAUGAAGACAUAUAAAGAAGUAGAAGACUGGAAGUCUGUGUAUGGAACUCCAUCUGGAUUUGGGAAUCGUUCACGCACCUCCUGGAAAAGAUUCGUGAGAGUCAGUUGUUCACUCUGUUGGAUGCUGAUGAUGAUCCAGCCAUUGGACGUCAGAGAAAAUACAAUCGACCUAAGAAACAGCACGCUGUUUCUAAUAAUCAUGGACACUGAUGGGAUAAGUUGAAGACAUUGUCAAGAAAGUAAACACAAGCAAGCCUGUUACCAAGGAAACAUGACAACAUUGAUCUCAUCAUUGACAAUGUUUAGCGUAUGCAGUCAUAAAAAUUUAUUGUUGUAUUUUUAAUUUCUACUGCUAAAAAUUAAUUAUGACCAAGAGUGCAUGCGCUCUUGUUAUGACAUAAUAAUAAUUAUUACAAUAAAA